AGGUUUGCUCUUUUUUGUGAGGGCAUUUCCUCAGCAACUACAAAGUUACCCGUUGAAGGUUGCCUUAUCUUGAUUGGUUGGGGAGGGCCAAGAGGGGAGCAGUCAGUGAGUAAAGAAACACAGACAUUCGCAUUUGGAGACUGGGUGGCUGAAGAGCCAGGAGUACUUGAACAUCCGUGCACUGAAGUUCAACGUCCGAACAGAACUCACCAACCAAACUUCUACUGGAGAAUAUUGACAUCAAGGAUACUCAGGUCAAGUCGGGAUAAGUUGGUGUACAACCGACAGCACGUUUGGAGUGACUUCCACAGGAGCUUCCUUCAGGAAAGACUGAGGGCAGGUUGGAGGCUUCAGGGAUGUAGUGGUCAAUCAUGGUGCACUGUUGCCUAGUAGGGAGGUGAGCGGUGACCCAUGUUCACUGUUUCGUUUCCUCAGCCUGUGAGCAGGCUGGCAGGCUGGGGCACCAUGAUGCUCUCCACUCUCCUUCUGCUGCUUUCUUUCCCAGGGGCCUCUGGUUCCAUACUCGAAGAUUUGAUAUAUAAACGUGCUGAAUAUCAAGAAAACUGUACACAAACCCUGGCAGCCACCCUCCAUACUGUAACUGGAAUAUACUGCAAUGGGACGUGGGACGCUUUUAUCUGUUGGCCACAUUCAUCUCCUGGGAUCGUUGGAGUACCCUGCCCUCCGUAUUUACCAUGGAUCAAGGAAGGUUCCUCAGGAAAUGCAUAUAGGAUUUGCACAAUCAAUGGGACCUGGAAAACGCAAGAAAACUCCAGUUUGGCAUGGCGAGAUGAGUCCGAAUGUGAAGACUCUGACUUUUUCAAAAAUGAGGAAGACGAGAUAUUUCAUCAUUCAGUGUUGAGGAUUCUGUCCAUUGUUGGCUACUCAUUGUCCUUGGCUUCCCUCUCUCUGGCUGUGCUCAUUAUGGGCCUGUUGAGGAAACUUCACUGCACGAGGAACUACAUCCACAUGAACCUUUUUGUGUCAUUCAUGUUUAGAGCAAUGGCAGUCAUCACCAAAGAAAUCGUAUUCUACAUCAUGUACUCCAACGUGCCCAAGGAUGAAAAUGGAUGGAACAGCUACGUGGAUUCAACAAUGUCUUUGGUCUGCAAAGCCUCCAAGGUGUCUAUGCAGUAUUUUGUGGGGUGCAAUUACUUCUGGCUCCUGGUGGAGGCGAUAUUUCUCCACACGCUUCUCUUCACUGCGGUGUUGACCAAGCGGAGCCUACUGAAGAGAUAUGUGCUGGUAGGAUGGGGAACACCAGUUUUAUUUGUGGCCCCUUGGACAGUGGUUAAAAUACUAUAUGAAAAUAAAGGCUGCUGGUUCAUUAUCAACAGGUGGAUUUGGUGGAUUAUUAGGGCUCCAAUUACACUGGCAGUUCUGGUUAUUUUCUGCAUAUUUCUCAAAAUCAUAAAACUUCUACUGUCAAAAUUGAAAGCUGACCAAGUUAAGUUUACGGAUUACAGAUACAGUUUAGCCAGAGCUACACUGGUGCUGAUCCCACUGCUCGGGAUCCAUGAGAUUGUGUUCACAAUAAUCAUAGACGAAACUAUUCAAGGGAAACACCGUUAUGUACGAAACUUCAUCAAUCUAACCCUGAGCUCCUUCCAGGGCUUUCUGGUCGCUGUCCUGUAUUGCUUUGCCAAUGGAGAGGUCCAAGCUGAGCUGAAGAACAGGUGGCAAGUUUACCUCUUUGCCAACCACUUUGAGGUUCACAAUUGCUUCACCCGCAUGCACCCAAAACACUUAUGGAAGAAGUCGCGGAAGGCACCAAGGCACCCCACAGACCACAGCGAUUCAUAUGAGGAUGGCAGUCAUGUGCCCACACGUGAUCAGGCGCAGCUGACCCAGGUGACUGUCCAGUCAGCAGUAGAGGAGGUAUCCUGUGCCCGGUGCACAGGCCUGGAGUUCUACACCAGGAAGAGCCUGUCCAGCUCUGAUGGAGAGAUGACUUUAGGUGAGACAAUGGAGGAGAUUCUGGAGGAGAGUGAAUUUUAACAUUGUCUUUUUGCCUCUGGCUCUUUCACAGACUGCACAGAACAUACUUUUGGAUCCGCCCUGAGAUACAAACAUUUUGUACCUUAAGAUGUACAUUUCUUUUUGCCAGUAUAAAUGUGUAGCUCUUUUGAUGUUUGUCCUGCUUGUAUAUGUUUGGAGGGACAAUACAUCAUCAACUGAUGGAGCAAAGUAUGUAGGAAACUAUUUUCUUGAUUUCAUUUGAAGAUUUUGCCAAAAGUCCAGUAUAUUCAGAAAUGACUAAAUUAUAUUUGGAAGAAAACGUGAACUAGAUAAUGAUUCCAACAUUCUUUGUAGUUGUCAAUCAAGACAACUAACCAAUUUUAUUU